AAAAGAAUUUACCUUCAAAUCUAGUGGUGGAAUAAGUAUGUUCUUUUGAGUGUUGUGAACAACAAAACAACUAAAAAACUAUUUUCGAAAAGAUUUAAAAACAACGUGCGGCCGUUCAGGAAUUCGUUGAGGGACGUCACAAAAAGUGAGCAAAUCAAAAGCAUCAAAAAGCAUUGUCAAAGCAAGGAGGAGGAGGAGGAGGAGCGGGCAGCCUAAGUUUUUGCGACAAACCUGAAAUACGCUUGGUUGGCAUCUACAUAGGUAGUCAGUAUUGCUUUCCUGUACUUUGGACACACGUGCGCCGCGGCUGCGCCCGUGACAGUGCCCGUACCCGUGCCCCUACGUUUGUCAACAGCAACCACAAUAACAACAGGAGCAGCUGCAAUGAAGCUAUCAAAACUGUCCAACCAGACGAACUCACAGGAUCCGCAGGCAGUUAAUUCGCGCAUCUUCGUGGGCAAUCUGAAUACCUUUCAGUGCUCCAAAACGGAUGUGGAGCGCAUGUUCCAGAUCUAUGGCAGGCUGGCGGGUAUUUCCAUGCAUAAGGGCUAUGCCUUUGUGCAGUUCACCAACCCAUUCGAUGCCCGCAAUGCCUGCCACGGUGAGGAUGGCAAGACGGUUCUCAGCCAGACGCUAGAUGUUAAUAUGGUGGCCGAGCCAAAGGCACACCAAAUCGGACGUAAACGUCAGAAUGUUAGCAAAACUGGAAAUGAUUGGGAUUACUUUUACGACAGCUAUUGCUCCUCGACACUGCUGCGCAGCAGCGUUAAUGGCGUGCGUCCAAAGAAGCGCAAGCGCCUGAUGACCAAUGGCAGCAGCCUAGCCGCUGCAGUGCAGCAAUCGCAGCAGCAGCUGGCACAUGGUGCACAUCACCAUAGCGCUGCUGCCGUGGCCGCUGCUGCCGCGGCUGCAGCGCAUCAUCAGCAACAGCAGGCACAGGUGCAGGCGCAGCAGCAACAGCAGCAGCACCAUCAUCAUCAGCAGCAAGUGGCCGCUGUUGCUAUGGCAGCUAUGGCCAAUUUGCUGCCACAGCAACAAUUGCUGCUGCAUCAGCAGAAUUUGCUAUCGAAUGCAGCCACAGCCGCGGCUGUGGCCACGACAGCUGCAGCCACAAAUACGGCACCGAACGGCGCCCAUCAUGGCCUACACUGGUCGCAGCAAUACAAACAGGAGCAGCAGCAACAACAACAGAAGCAGCAGCAGCAGCAACAGCAACAACAGUUCGUGGUUGCUGCCACAGGGUAUCAGGCAACGACAUCCCCCCAGAAUGCAAAGUCAGCCAUAAUUGCUAAUCAAACAGCGCUCAGCAAUGGCGUCGGUCUGGAGCAGUUUGCCGCCUUCGGUCAGCAGUCGCAUCACCAGCAUCAGCAUCAGCAACAACAGCAGCAGCAGCAGCAACAACAACAGCAACAGCUCGGCUGUCUGUUGCAGCCAUUGACUUUGGCGUUGUCACCACAACAAGUGCAUGGCCAGCAGGCGGCGACGCCCCUGCAAUUGCACAACCAAUUGAUGCAACAGCAACAACAACAGCAGCAACCGCUCCAAACACAGCAGCAGCAACAACUACAACAACAUGCGCAGGAGCAAUUAAGUUCGCAUCAGCACUGGGGACCUUUCAAAGUUUACAGCAAUCCGGACACAUUAAUUUGCGGCAAUUGCCGAGAAUGUUUCAACGAGCUGUCUGAGUUAUUAGACCACAAGAAAAGUUAUUGCAAGCUGAGGUUCACAUGCAAGUGCCAGGAUGUGGCCUUUGCAGCAAAAACGCCAACGAGCAGCGCUAAAUUGCUUUGUGCCGUUUGCAAGGAUGCAUUCACCAAUCCCUGGGAUUUGAUGGUCCACGCACAGGCCGCACACAUGGUUAACAUUUACGAACUGGGCGUUGAGGCGACAGCGACUGCCUCUAACGGCAACAGCAGCAUAACAAACAGCAACAACAACACAAGCAACAAUGGAAACGAUGCCUCCAAUUGUGUGUUGCCCUCUGCCGCGACCACUUCCGUUUCUCCCCAAAUGCAGGCGUCAGCUACACUUAACAAGGAGCCCAAUAACAAUAACAAAAUUAGCAACAAUAACAACAACAGUCACAUGUCACCCACAAAUGUGCCCGCCAUUGCAGCGAAGACCUCAGCCUCAGCCUCUGCCGGCGCUGCCAUCGCCGUCGCCGACUGCCAUGUCAGCGAUGGAGAGGCGCACUGCAUGGACAUCAAAUUUGGAAUUUGUGCCAGUCCCAAAGAGGAUCAGCAGCGCGAUGAUUUGUCGCUGGAUGAACGCCUGUCCACCUCUUCGCAAGCACACCAGUCGGACUCGGAAAUGAAGCUGCUGAGCGGGUCCAUAUCUUCGCGUGGUAGUUCGCCUUGCUUGGACGCCGACGAGCCACCAGCUACCCGUGCGUGUAUUGUGCGCACCCUGAGCAUUGAGGCCGCCGGAACUGCAGCCUCGCCCGCAGCACAGGCCUUGAGUUUGAUGACAAGUGGAUUGGGUCUGGCACUUGCCAAUGGUGCCGUACAAGCUAUAACCCCACAGUAAAUGCCACUACCUAUGCUUUUGAACGUUAUAAAUUAGACGUGGAAUCAAAGAAAAAAUAUUUUUUGCAACCAGAAGGGCGUGCAGUAUUCAAAAUAUUGCUCUUGGCAUCGUAGUAUAUCAAGACGAAAUAGAAGUGCAAUUCGUUCAGUAUUUUUAUACUAGAGUAAUGCUAAUCAUUUGGCAAAAUACAUUGUAAAACAAGAAGAAAUGAGCGCGAAGUGCUGGCAAACAUAUCAUUUUAAAAUAGUGCUAGUCAUUAGUUAUUAAAAUAUCGACGAAAAUAUCAAAAUUAUUAAGCUUCUG